GUCUCAGUUUGUGUGCAAUGGGUCGCCGCAAGUCCAAAAGAAAGCCUCCUCCCAAGAAGAAGAUGACAGGGGAUCUGGAAAGUCAGUUCACCUGUCCGUUCUGCAACCACGAGAAGUCAUGUGACGUGAAAAUGGAGAGAAGCAGAAAUACAGGGAUAAUAUCGUGCACAGUCUGCUUGGAGGAGUUCCAGACCCCCAUUACCUAUCUGUCAGAGCCAGUUGAUGUGUACAGCGAUUGGAUAGAUGCCUGUGAAGCAGCCAAUCAGUAGCCCUCAUGGGAAUUGGUUACCUCUCUGGGUGCGGAUGAGGAUGUGGCUGUGGCUGGUGGGUCUGGGUCCAUUAGGAUCAAGCUGCUCAGAGGAUAUUUCUGAAACUUUUAGGAUUCACAGGUCACAGUACGGUUACAUGAAAUUAUACAGCUGUGUGAACAGCAGUCUCAUUUACAGUAUGAGGACUUCAGCACAAACAUGCUCCAAGCUGUUCUUGUUGAGUUCUCCCCUUUGUGAGUAAAGUUUCAGCCCACAACUGUGGCCUUUGCUCCUUAGAUACAUUACACCAUUUAUUAGUUGCAAUACACCCUGAUUUAUCCUCACACAUUGAGCAGGGCUGUCUGUUUUACAAUGUUUUUUGUUAUUGAUUAUUUAGGAUGGGUCACAUAGACCCUUUAGAUGCAGUGAAGACAUGCCUUUAAAUGAUAAUAGAUGUUAAAGAUUGCAAAAAAUGUGUCCUGUUUUUUUAUUUUGUUUUAAACUGGUAGAUUUUGUUCACUGAGCAAAGGAAAUUUUCUACAGGAAAUCUUUAGCGUAAGAGAGUGGUCUUGGCAUUUUAAUGUAAAAUCAAUAAAAAGUGAAAUCUUUUUUUGUUAGAGAAAGAGAAAGAGGUGUGUGUGAAUACAUAGAUCAUGACAGAAAGUUCGAGACACUUUCUCUUUUAUACAAUCUCUGACACUAGCAACAGGAUGUAGUUUAAGAGGAGAUUUCCAGGUAGGCUGCACUUGCAGCCUUUACAAGUAUAGGUGGGAGUUUUAAUUUGAAUACAUUUUAGGCAAACAGCAACACCAGGGUGAUGUCACGCUUAGUUUUUUUUUGUUUGUUUGUUUUUUUUAGCAUCUCACUUGAAUGCAGCAUAUUUGAUCUAAGUAUUUCCUUUCAGCACCCUCAGUUAGCAUUGACGUUACGGGGUCUGUUCACGGUCUUAACUAUCCGCAGAUCUCCUCAUCCUCAUGAAGACAGUUGUGUCACAGCAUUAGGUCAUUCCACUGGAGAGAGGAAAGAAAAUAUGUAAAAUUUAUGCUUAGCUGCUAACUUCGUAAGUUUUGAAUUGUACUUCAUCCCCUGUGUUUUCAGGUGAUUGUAUCUCUUUACCUUACAGGUUUAAAAAAAAAAAAAAAAAAUCAAGGAGUUCAAAUUAUCUUUGCUAUUAAGUGCAUGUGUACAAAAUACUGUAAUCUUAUCCUGAAAUCAAGCUGUAACUUUGAGUGUUUAUUUUCCUAUGCAAUGGCAGAAAAGAAGAAGAAAGGUGUUUUUUUUGUUUAAAUGUAAUGAAUUUGAAAAGUGUGAUCUUGGAAAUAAAGGAGCAAUAAGACUU